CGAGUCGAGAGUAGUUCUGGUCACUAGUUCAUGAAGUACACGUCCCUAACGAUAACGCUACAUCGUCGUACAGACUCGUCAUCACGGUAUAGGUAAGUACAAAAGUUGAUUACAACUAUUAUAUUGGUGGUCUAACAAUCAAUAAAGAUGGGUCAAUAUGAAAGUACAAAUCGAUUAUACCACUGCAAUGAUCAGCUUAUUGAUGGAUUAAUUAUGAGAGAGUGUAUAUACUCAACUAAUGUGGAAAAAGUGUUUAGAAGUGUCGACCGAGAAUUAUAUUAUACCAAUGAUAAUAAACUAAAUGCCUAUAAAGAUACAGAUUGGCAAUCAGGAGAUGUUCAUUUGUCUGCACCAAGUCAUUAUGCUACAGCUUUAGAAUGUUUGGAUCUCCACAAGGGUCAUAAGUUUUUAAACAUUGGUUCUGGAAUAGGGUAUUUUAGUACUCUAGCCGGCCUUUUAUUGGGUGUUAAUGGAGUUAACCAUGGCAUUGAAAUUCAUAGUUCUUUGAUAGAUAUUGCAUAUCAAAAGUUAGAAGUAUUUAAAGAAAAUUCUGCAGCAAUUGACUAUUUUGAAUUUUGUGAACCAGUAUUCAUCAAAGGUAAUGCAUGUAAUCUAACGUCAGUGGGUUACUACGAUAGAGUCUAUUGUGGAGCUGAAGUACCACCAGCAGAAUCUUCAUUUAUGAUGGCUCUCAUUAAAAUUGGAGGUGUAUUGGUUAUGCCAUUGAAAGGGGCCCUCCAGAAAGUAACGAGGGAAGGUGAAGUCUCGUGGAAAAUAAUUCAAGUCGUUCAAGUAUCGAUACCACAUCUUGUUGUGUCAAAAAAAUGUAGCAGUAUGGAAGUUUUAAAGUUUCCUACUAUUCAACCAAUGAGUUUAAAAGAGUUAUGCAGAUCAAACAUUCGUGCAACCAUACGAGACUGCUUGAAUGAAAGUCAUCCUAACUUGCAAAUGUGCAUUAAGUGUAAACCAAAUAUAAGUUAUGAUCAAAAAUUGUUAAACGAGGCUAGCCGUGGAUUGGUGAGUUUACGGAGCGUUGUAGAUAUGAUUUCUAACCUGGAAACAUCAGAUCUGGAUUCAACAUCUGGAAAUGAAGCCAUUGAAGAAGAUAAAGAUGACGACAAUGGCGAUGAUGUUGAUGUUGAAGAAAAAAAUACUAGUGGACAGUGUGAUAAGAGUUUACUUAAAAAAACUGCAUCAGAUACCAAAAGAAAAUCAUCAGAAGCUGGAUGUUCUUCUGAACAAGAUAAAACAUUGCCAGAAAAACCAGAAAUAACAAAAAAAAUGAGAAUUAAUACAUUAUCUUCUACAGUCAAUAAUCUCUCCAAUAACGAACCUACCCAUCUUGAUUUUUUGGAGUGUAUGUUAAAUGAUUCACCCGAGUCAUCUGAUUUUGAUGAUGAAGAAAAUGAUAAUAAUGGUGAAGAUUUGUUUGAUGGUGAUAUUGACUACGACAGCGAUAAUGUUGAAGAAGUCACUUACCGCUUUAAAUACCGCUUUCUGAGCAAUCGUAAAGAAAAUGAGAUGAGUAAACUUCUGAAGGUUAAAAUUAAUCAGCUACCAGUACCAGCUAUGCUCAAAGUGUUUCUCAACUACAAUUAAGAUGAUUAAUAUGAUUGUUGCCUGUUCAUAGAAACAUUUUUGAAGAAAUACAAUUUACUCCCCUAAACUAUUUAAGCUGUGGGAUAUUAAAAUAAGAUAAAACACAUGUCAUAAUAUAAUAUAAUUUGUAUUACAUUGUGUGGCGUUAAAAUUUAUUUGAGAUUUUUUUCUGAAUUUUUUGUAAAAUUAUUUAUGUUAUUUUAUUUACUUUUAUAAUAGCCAGGAUAAUAUAAUACUAUUUUUUUUGAACUAUUUCAAAUGCAAUAAUUUAUAUUUAAUAUAUUGUCAGAUGUAUAAAUGUUACAAUGAUUACUAUUAUAAAAUAUACCUAAUAUGUAAAGAUCAAUAAA